UGGAGGUGGGGGUGGCUCAGGCUAUGGAGGAGUGUACGGAGGAAGCUCCGGGUCAAAGGUGAAGUGCAGCUCGUCAGGGGGCUCCAGGAGGGCCCAGAACUCGGCCUCGCCUGGGGGUCUAUCCCCUGGCUUCCUGGAAAGGAAGAGUAUGGCCAGUCGCUCAGGAGGCUACGACGGUGAGGGAGGGUCCUGCCAAUCACACUGUUGAUUGUGUGUGUGUGUGUGUGUGUGUGUCAGAGAAGGCUGGUGGGAGGAGCUAUAGGAGAGCGGGCUCAUUGUAAUGGCUGGAAUAAAAUCAAUGGAAUGAUACCAAAAACAUCAAACACAUGGAAACAACGAGUUUGACUCCGUUCCAUUGAUUCCAUUCCAGCCAUUACAAUGAGCCCGUUCUCCUAUAGCUCCUCCUACCAGCCUCCUCUGAUAUGUGUGUGUGUGCGUGCAUACGUAUGUGUGUGUGCGUGCAUGCGUGUGUGUGUGUGCAGCUUCUAUAUGUGUGUCAGUGCCAAUGGCUAAUCUGUCUUGACCUGUUUUCAUUCAGGAAGCUCUAGUGGCAACUCCUCCCCUGAGUUUACACGGAAAGACUAUGGUAACUGUUUUAUAUCAGUACAUUUUAGGAUUAUUUAUAUGAGUAUUGUAGAUGCAUUGUGACUAUAGAGAUCAUACUGACAUUUCAAUAACAUCCAACUUCAUCAAAAUCGACAUAAUAUCAAUGUGUGUGUUUCUUUUCAGCAGGGUCAGGUGCCACUAGAAUAGGGAGGAGCCAGAGUAGAGGUAUACCAAUACUUCUAUUUAUUUCUGCUUACUCACCUCUAUUCCUCCCUAACUCUGUCUUACUGCUGAUUACAAGGUGACUAUAAAACAGCAGUAAUAAUAAUGUGUUUUAUAUUCCAGAGAGUGAAAUCAGAGCCAGACUGCAGAGUGCCUCUCCCAGUGCUGGCAGAUGUGAGUUUCAGGGAGAUGGUUUCUAGACACAAUUAAUCAAAUAUAUGUCAUGCUGUUGUUUUUUAGAUAUUGUGUGGGAAUGUAUAGCAGCAUGGGGAGUUACAUUUUUUAUUUUUUAUCUCGCAGAGCUAUUUGGACACCAUUUUAGUUGAUUAAUUUUGAUCUAGUGGAUCAGUUGUGAUGGGAGGUUACCAUUUCAGUAAUAGCAGUACUGACUCAGUUGACUUCCACACAGGGACUGAGCUGGAUGAUGUGAAGAGGCUGGUGAAGGGAGGACGCUCCAACAGUGUCAGCCCCACCCGCUCCUCCACUUCCUCCACUCUGCCUGUCCCCAGGAAGGCCACCGUCGAGACCAAGAUCGUCACUGAGGCCUCCCAGUCAGGUAGGCUACGCAGCUCACACACAGACCAAAUACACACACCUGCAGCAUGCCAAACAAGAACACACACCUGCAGGAUCAAGAGUCAAAUGGUUAGAUGAUAUUUAUUUAUUCCCUUAUGGUUUAUCAUACAUUUAUGGCUGGAGAUGAUUUUUGCUGUUGCCGUCCCCCUAUCUCCUAUAUGAACUCUUAAAAGCUUCAAUUUACAGACUCUUUCUUCCCUGGUCCCUCUAGUCUCUGGGCAGUAUGAGACCACUACCCUGGACUCUGGCCUACCUUCUUCCUACUCCUGGACUAGCUCCACACUGCCCAUCUCCUCCGCCACCGGCAGCAGCAGCAGCAGCAGCGCCUACGGUUACCAUAGCAACACCAACAACAUGUCUCCAGGCUCGGGGUCCUCUCUGCUCAAUACCACCUCACCCUCCUCCCUGUCAGGUGAGACAACCAAUGAGAGCACUAAGCAGCACUCUGGAUGAUGGACUGGGCAAGUUAGGGCAACCAAAUUUGGAUCCAAUUCAAUUAUAUCCAAUAAGACGGCAGAUGCUGGCUUCAGAACAGCACCACCCCCCCCCCCAGUUAGUUAUAUUUGGUACUACUGUAUGUUUUUUAUUGGUUAGUCUGAACUCAGUAAAUAGUUUUGGGUGUAUAUGUUCACCUCACAGUUAAGCAAGCGCUCUUCUAGUGCAUUCUUUCAUGUUUCAGAAAAUGUAAAGAAAAUGUUCUGUUUUGACAUACAGCCUCAUAGCUUUGAGUAUAAUUCUGUGUGUUGUUUGUGACUCUGCUGCAGUGUAUGGAUUCCAGAAUAACUUGGCGCCCACGUCAAGUAGUGUCCUCACCACCAGUGGAGUUAAUGCACAUUCAGGCACUUUUACAGGUAUGAUAAUAGAACUUCCUAAUCAUAUAGAGAGUAUGAAGAAUGUAUACAUUUUAACAGACUUAGACAGUAAUGGAAUUAACCCUAUGUGUGUGUGCGCGGGCAAGCAGGAUAUGGAGUGCAGAAGAACAUAUCGAAUGGGGGUGGUCUCGUCAGCACAGGAGUGUCAACCUCUGCAAGUAAGUCUAGAGUUUAGAGGAUUGCUGAACUUAAUGUAUAGACUUUGUGAUACGGAAUUAGAGAACCAUGUUUAUGACAAUUUAUCAUGUUUUUAAAGGACUAUUUUGAUUUGUGUUCCUCCAUAGUGUCCGCUUUGAGGUCUCACACUGAUGACGCAUACAGGAAAGACUUAAAGUACCUUGUGCUGCAGAAGGAGAAUGUUCCAGUCAAGAAAGAUACUGAAGUGCUCACCCUGGCUAAAGACAGUGGAAAACACUUCACUAGCAGUGUUCGCAGUGUUGGGGGUAAGACAGCUCCUCCAAUAUCGGAGUAUUCACUGCUUUUUAAUGUUGAGGGGAUAUUAACUAAUAAUGUGUAUGUUAUCACAGGUUCACUAUCUGGUGAUUCUCUGAAGAAGGAGAAGAUGGUGACCAGCUAUAGUGAGACUGCACCAGUCCUUCUGAAGUCUGAGUCCAAUUCAUACUGUAAGCACCAUGUUUAUAUGUACACACACACACACACACACACACACACUGCAGUGAAUGCUGCUGAUACAACACUAUCUUUUCCCUUAGAUGGAUCACCCCUAGUGUCAACAAAAGACAAAGCAACAUAUGCAGGUAUUUGUGAUUUAAAUAUUUCAGUAGUUGGCCAUUGGUAUCUCACACUUCAUCCAUAGCCCAUCCAUCAUAUUCUCUGUUCCCCCUCCCUGUCAGAGAUCCAGAAAGAGGGGGACUACUACAGCAGCAGAGGACGAGGUGGGGGCUGCUGUGGGUGUGUGGACUCCUGCUGUUCCUGGUGGAAGUGGCUGCUAGGACUGCUCUUGCUCUCCCUGCUGCUCCUGGGCCUGCUCUUCGGACUCAUUGCCCUGGGUCAGUCAUGCUUAGGGACAAGAGUUUCACCUGACCCUAUGACCUACAGAUUUAGGAUCUUAAUUUGACCAGUAUUGUCAUAACAAAAUAAUUUUUCAGUGAAUGUAUGUAAAUCACGAAGCUCAUCUGCAUUUACUGCAGCGCAGGAAAAUUCUCUGCAACUAAAGUGUGAUAAAAUUAAGAUCCUACAUCUGUAUAAUUAAGAUGUAACUAGAACCAAUGCACAUAAUACGGUCAAAACAUGUAGGGAUACCGUACAUAGUGAACUUUUAUACAAUCAUCUUUACUGCUAGAAACAUUUCUCACACUCUGUGUCCCUCCACAGCGGAGGAAGUGAGGAAUCUGAAGUCUCGAGUGGCAGCUCUGGAGUCUGAGUCUACCUCCACCGCUGCUCGCACCAGCCGGCUGUCAGUCUCCGCUAACGACAUCCACAACCUCGAGUCUGGCACCUACAUGGACACUGGGGGCGCGGCCCGCUCCGACAACACCCUGAACCUGGAUACCAGCCUGGGCAUGGGGAUGGGCACUGGCAUGGGAACUGGCACAGACAAUGCUGCCCUCCAGAGGACCAUCCAGCAACUACUGAGGGCUGAGAUGCAGUCUCAGUCAUUCAGAGGUAUUGUACACACAUGAAGAUGACUAGACCUAGAACAUAAGAAAUACAUUCACCAUUUAUGGUAUAUGUACAUGUUCUAAAUAUUUACUGAAUUCAGUGGGCUUUUUUAAAUUUAUUAUUAUUUGUGCUUAUUUUGUUAUUUUGUUUCACAGCCCUUCUUCCCUCGUCAAUGAAAGGGGACAGAGGGGAGCCGGGACCUAAAGGUAAGAUCUCCUGUGACAAUAUUGUCAGUAUGUGUAUUUUGCAAGUACAAACAAUGGAGAUAAUUGUUAAACCAAGGAUAUUCAAAGAAUUGUGUCUACACCGAUACUUUAAGGCGUUAUUCUGUCUCAAUGCUCUCCCCGCUUUGUUUAAUGUAUUCUGUUUACUUGGCUUCAGGCGAUGCAGGGAAUCAUGGAACUAAAGGUUUGUUUUUUUAAGACAUAAAGAAACGUAAUGUACUUUAUUUUGAAAUUCGCUGUCACCAAGUGUGUAAACUUUAAUUGCUUUGUUUCAGGUGACAAUGGUUUCCCAGGACUGCCAGGUAAGGACAAUGGGUAUGAUGUGGAAGUUACCAUUAUGCUGGUUCAGGACUAGUUUCAUUGACAGUACAGUACAGUAUCACUUUUAAGAAUAACUUGGUACUUAUGUCACACAUUUUUGACCUCUCACCUUUGGCUUCAGGUCCUCCAGGUGCCAUUGGUCACUCAGGACACGAAGGACCCAAAGGACAAAAAGGAAGUCAAGGUGCAAUAACGUUAACCCUUCUUUUUUUUACGUGUGUGGAUUCAUUUUGUAACCAGCAUUUAUCAAUAAGCUAAUAUGGACCCAUUUAAACAAGUGGGUUACAAGUCAAGCUAUAUGCAUGCUUACACAUGUGCAUGUGUGUGUAGGUGACCAUGGAGCUGAGGGGCCACAAGGGCUCAGGGGCCGAGAGGGGCCUGGAGGGCCCAGAGGGGAGCCAGGACCUUCAGGGUUUGGAGAGAAGGGGGAUAAAGGUAGGGUGUGAAUUAAGAUUUUCCUAAUCUAUAUAGACUGCAUACCCACAUGGUCCACUUACCAGGUAAAAUAGAGUUAAAUGAUCAUCAAUUUGGGUUUGUUCUCACAGGUUCUCCUGGUGAAUCAGGAUCUCUUGGUCCUGUUGGUCCAGUCGGCCAAGCUGGGCCCAAAGGUAGGGCCAUGAGUGGGACUGUGUAUUUCAGAGAGGAUCAUAAACAAAGUAGCGCUUCACUCUAGACCAGGGGUGUCAAACUCAUUCCAUGGAGGGCCUAGUGUUUGUGGGUUUUUGCUUUUUCCUUUCAGUUAAGACCUAGACAACCAGGUGAGGAGAGAUCCUUACUAAUUAGUGACCUUAAUUAAUCAAUCAAGUACAAGGGAGGAGCGAAAACCCGCAGACACUUGGCUGUCCAUAGAAUGAGUUUGACAGAUAUGCUCUACACUGUAAAAAAAUUAAUAAUUGAUUCAACACAAGACAACCAGCUGCAGUAGGACUGUGAAUUUGCUCAACAAAAUAGCAUUGAAGUUGAUUCAACGUACAACUGUAAGGCAACCAGCUGCAAAAGUAUUGCAAGUUUGCUUAACAUUUGGGCAUAUAGCUGAACCAACAUACAUUCUCAGGUUGAAUGUUCACUCAACUUAGAAUUUUAGGUUGAGUGAACAUACAAUUCAACUUGAGAAUUUGUUUGACCGUAUUUGCAUAUUUCCCAGUGAAAAUUAAACUCUUUAUGACAAUACAUUACAUACACUGACUAUAAAAAACAUUAAGAACACCUUCUCUUUCCAUGACAUAGACUGACCAGGUGAAUCCAGGUCAAAGCUAUGAUCCCUUAUUGAUGUUACUUGUUAAAUCCAUUCCAAUCAGUGUAGAUGAAGGGGAGGAGACAGGUUAAAGAAGGAUUUUAAAGCCUUGAGACAAUUGAAACAUGGAUUGUGUAUGUGUGCCAUUCAGAGAGUGAAUGGGCAAGACAAAAAAUGUAAGUGCCUUUGAACGGGGUAUGGUAGUAUGUGUCAGACAAAUCGUUUUUUGUCAACUGCAACACUGCUGGGUUUUUCACGCUCAACAGUUUCCUGUGAGUAUCAAGAAUGGUCCACCACCCAAAGGACAUCCAGCCAACUUGACACAACUGUGGGAAGCAUUGGAGUCAACAUGGCCCAGCAUCCCUGUGGAAUGCUUUCGACACCCUGUAGAGUCAUGCCCCCACGGAUUGAUGCUGUUCUGUGGACAAACAACUCAAUAUUAGGAAGGUGUUCCUAAUGUUUGGUAUAGUAAGUGUAUAUCAUAAGAUCUUUCUUUGAGAUCCUAUCCACUGGGCACACACUGGUUGAAUCAACGUUAAUUCCACGUAAUUUCAAUGAAAUUACAUUGAACCAACGUGGAAUAGACAUUGAAUUGACCCACCUAACACAGUGGUCUGAAACUCCUGGUUUACAGUCCACAUCAAACCUGCAAGUCACAUUAUGCUGGCUUACAAAGUGAUGGGUUAUUCCUAUUGGAAUCCAGCCAAUGUGAGGAUAUCCAACAAUUGGAACUUUAAAAAUAAUUAUUUAUUUUUGUGUAGUAUUAGAUUAAUCAACCAGUCAAUGCAAACACACAGGUAUUGAAACAAGCAAUUCUGAAAAUCAAACUUUAACAUAUUAGCUCAAAUGUUUGUCCUUUUGAUGUCCACUCAACUCACAUAAUAACGCUGAUUAAGCCUUUGGUUAAGUUGGCUUUUUUACAGUGUUGCCUUCCAAAGGCAAACAUGAAUUUGUAAUUUUACUCAACAAGGUUUUUCAAAUUCAGCUCACUUCGAGCAGAGUUUGUUGAGUAAACAAACUUUAACACAUUAGCUCAAUUCUUGUCCUUUUGAAGCACAGGAGGUUGGUGGCACGUUAAUUGGGGAGAACGGGCUCUUAGUAAUAACUGGAGCGGAAUCAGUGGAAUGUUAUCAAAUACAUAAAACAGGUGUUUGAUGCCAUUCGAACACCUGUGUUUUCAGGUGUUUGAUGCCAUUCCAUUUGCUCCGUUCUGGCCAUUAUUAUGAGCCGUUCUCCCCUCAGUAGACUCCACUUUUUUGAAGUCCCCCUCAACUCACAGAAUAACGCUGAUUAAGCAGUUGGUUAAAUUGGCCUUUUUACAGUGUACUACCAAUGUCAAACUGAGGGUGGCCAUACAAAAUUGUGCUUCUGAAGUGUGUUUCAAAAUGAAGGGUAUUGCAUAUACUGUAUCAGGUUUCAGUUGAUGUCACUUCUGUCCUAAUCUCCUUUCUAAAUCUCUGUUCCAGGCUCAGGGGGUGCUCCGGGGACUCCUGGUAUGCCAGGUCAGUGUCCCUCAUGAUUUCAUUCACUUAGGGCUGAAUCCUAACUUGAGAUAUAAACUGUGUAGCCUACAUGAAAGUUUGAAUUAAGUGUGCGAAACUCAGGGUAUGCGUUGACCUUUUGACAUUAUUCCACAGCACAUUCAGUGAAAGGUUAAAACCUUGUUCUGUGUAGUCCCGUGUAGCUCAGUUGGUAGAGCAUGGUGCUUGCAAUGACAGGGUUGUGGGUUCGAUUCCCACGGGGGGCCAGUAUGAAAAUGUAUGCACUCACUAACUGUAAGUUGCUCUGGAUAAGAGCGUCUGCUAAAUGACUAAAAUAUGCUUCUAGGCCAACCAGGUUCUCAAGGCUUCCGUGGAGAAUCAGGACCACCUGGACCGAAGGGUACAGUAUGUCCUUACAUUAUGUGGGGCUUAUUGAUCCAGGGAUCAUUGAUUGAAUUAAUGAAUAACAGUAUUGAACUGUUCAAUAAUGCAUUUUCUCCGCUACAGGGGAGAGGGAAUUAUGUGUUAACAUAGAGACACAAUCUAUUGCGCUGUUUUACUUUUAGGCAUUGCAAAACGUUGAUCUAUCAGUGACUGCUAAGCAGUGGAGGCUGGUUGGAGGAGCGAUAGGAGGACGGGCUCAUUGUAAUGGCUGGAAUGGAAUAAAAGGAAUGGUAUCAAACCCAUCAAACAUAUGGAAACCACAUAUUUGACUCCAUUCCAUUUACUCAAUUUCAGCCAUAUAGGGCGGCAGGUAGCUUAGUGGUUAAGAGCAUUGUGCCAGUAACCGAAAGGUUGCUGGUUCUAAUCCCUGAGCCGACUAGGUGAAAAAUCUGUCGAUGUGCCCUUGAGCAAGGCACUUAACCAUAAUUGCUCCUGUAAGUUGCUCUGGAUAAGAGCGUCUGCUAAAUGACGUAAUUACAAUGAGCCCGUCCUCAUGUAGCUCCUCCCCCGCCAGCCUCCACUGCCAGUAAGAGAGGGUCAGUAACAUACCUGUGUAUUUUCCAUAUGAUAUACAGUAGCUAAGUAGUAAUUUAGAUUUUUUAUCAUAGGUGACCAUGGUGAGAAAGGACCUCGGGGGGCAACAGGUGCGUAUCUGGCGAGCUAUAGUGAUACAAAAGGCGCUUUUAGCCCAAGCAACUUACACUCAACAUACACUACCUUUUAAAAGUUUGGGGUCACUUAGAAAUGUCCUUGUUUUCGAAAGAAAAGCAAUUUUUUGUCCAUUAAAAUAACAUCAAAUUGAUCAGAAAUACAGUGUAGACAUUGUUAAUGUUGUAAAUGGUUAUUUUAGCCGGAAACGGCUGAUUUUUAAUGGAAUAUCUACAUCGGCGUACAGAGGCCCAUUAUCAGCAACCAUCAGUCCUGUGUUCCAAUGGCAGCUUCAUUAAAUAGUUCCCGCAAAACACCAGUCUCAACGUCAACAGUGAAGAGGCGACUCCGGUAUGCUGACCUUCUAGGCAGAGUUGCAAAGAAAAAGCCAUAUCUCAGACUGGCCAAUAAAAAGAAAAGAAUUAGAUGGGCAGUCUGAGAUAUGGCUUUUUCUUUGCAACUCUGCCUAGAAGGUCAGCAUCCCGGAGUCGCCUCUUCACUGUUGACGUUGAGACUGGUGUUUUGCAGGUACUAUUUAAUGAAGCUGCCAGUUGAGGACAUGUGAGGCGUCUGUUUCUCAAACUAGACACUCUAAUGUAUUUGUCCUCUUGCUCAGUUGUGCACCGGGGCCUCCCACUCCUCUUUCUGUUCUGGUUAGAGACAGUUUGCGCUGUUCUGUGAGGGGAGCAGUACACAGCGUUGUAAGAGAUCUUCAGUUUCUUGGCAAUUUCUCGCAUGGAAUAGCCUUCAUUUCUCAGAACAAGAAUAGACUGACGAGUUUCAGAAGAAAGUUAUUUGUUUCUGGACAUUUUGAGCCUGUAAUCAAACCCACAAUUGCUGAUACUCCAGAUACUCAACUGGUCUCAAGAAGGCCAGUUUUAUUGCUUCUUUAAUCAGCACAACAGUUUUCAGCUGUACUAACAUAAUUGCAAAAAUGGUUUUCUAAUGAUCAAUUAGCCUUUUAAAAGGAUAAGCUUGGAUUAGCAAACACACCAUGCCAUUGUAACACAGGACUGAUGGUUGCUGAUAAUGGGCCUCUGUACGCCUAUGUAGAUAUUCCAUUAAAAUUCAGCCGUUUCCAGCUACAAUAGCCAUAUACAAUAUUAACAAUGUCUACACUGUAUUUCUGAUCAAUUUGAUGUUAUUUUAAUGGACAAAAAAAUAGCUUUUCUUUCGAAAUCAAGGACAUUUCUAAGUGACCCCAAACUUUUGAACGGUAGUGUACAUAUUCAGCAUUUAUAUGACCCAUGAUGCAGCAUGUGGCAUUGCCAGUACUGUACUCCAAUCAACUGUCUUUUCCUUCAGGUGACCCAGGACUAUCAGGCUUGCCAGGUCCAGCCGGAGAGAAAGGACCCAAAGGAUCUGCAGGUGAGUGGCUGGCUGCACUCUGAUUCUCUACCAUUCUCCCCAAACUCAUUCUAGAGCUUAACGUUGUUUAAUACAUAUAUCUAAUUAUCAAACAGGAGCUCCUGGAAUUGAUGGUGACAAAGGCCAAAGAGGUAGAGUGAAUAAUAUGUUCUAUGCAAAAAGACAGGAAACAAUACGUCAAGUGUUAUGUAAAAUAUGCCUAUGUAAACGGUAUAUCAGUAUUAAUGAUGAUGUCAUCCUCAGGUGAUCAGGGUCCUACUGGGUUACCAGGGAUCAGAGGUCCAUCUGGGCCUGCAGGAGACUCAGGCCUACCAGGUAAGCUACUGUGUCACGCUCAAUAUUCCCUGAAACAUCUCUCUUAUUUACAUUCCUGUUAAUCUUGACUGGGCUUAUCUAUAGAAAAUGAUCAGAUUGUAUCCACUUGAAAGAGAAGAUUGAAAUGUAUCUUAACUGAUCUUUCUCCCUAUAGGAAUACCAGGGCUUCAAGGGCCACCAGGUAUGUUGUUGCAGUUGGGAUUUAGUGUAAUAACAGAAUCAUGACAACAAGCCCAAGUGAAGUCUUUUCAUCACUCUUGUCAUCAGUUUUGCCACUAAAGUUUUCUUCCCACUGUAGGAAUACCAGGGAACCCUGGACAACCAGGAGCCAAGGGUAAAACAGCUGACUUCUAUAUGUUGUUUUUAGAAAAUGGAGGGCUCUAAACUUUGAUAUUGUGAUGACUGUGAAACUUUAUUUUAGGUGAGGCAGGACAACCAGGAAGAGUCAUCAAUGCAGGUAACAGGUUGACUAUUGCAUAACAGCGGUGAUGCAUUUACAGUAGCCAUACAUUUGUAUGACUGUCAGUGUGUACCUAAAACUGCUUGUUGUGAUUCCUCAGGGGGAUCCAGUUCUGUGGCCAUCCCCGGCCCCCCAGGAAGCCCCGGUCCCCCCGGCCAAGCCGGACCCCCAGGGUUAUCAGGUCAGACAUAGACUUCCUGUUUAGCUUUGUAGAAAUGUGGUUUGUUACAACUACAACAUAACAAAGUUGUAAUGGUGAUACCAUGUAGUUUCUACAGUACGUAGUUUAACUAGCUUAUGUUGUUUUGGUCAAUAUGAAUGGCAUGUAUAACACUUCUAAUACUUUUCAAUCUCCUCAGGCCCCAUUGGCCCUGCUGGUCUUCCUGGUCAGUCUGGUAAGUCAGCCAAUCUAUGGAUCUGUGGAUAGCUAAAGUAUUGGUCUUAUACAUGCUAUCUAUUUUCUGGCCAAGAGUCCUGGACAUACUGAAUAUAUGCAUAUUUCCCCAGGUCCUAAAGGUGAGAGAGGGGCGAAGGGUGAGAUGGGUGUUCAGGGACUCCAGGGAGAGGCAGGUAUCUCAAUGAAAACCAGUGAAACCGUCAGCUCAUCCAGAGCUGAGAGUAAGUACUCAUUACAAUGAUGCUUAUCAUUUCAUUAAAGGAUAAGUUCAUAUUUUUUCAACCAAAUCUCUAUAUUUGAUGUAAAUGGCAUGUUAUAGAAGACACUGUGUACUCGAGUGAUACUUCUCCGUAUUGCCCAUGCAUACACAUGGAAAAGUGUAGCUCAAGUCCAACACAGUGAAACAUAACGUUGCAGAUGAAGCAAAGUCAGAUGCUUGUGUAACUUCAUGGUUCUUCUUGAUGUCCUCAUCCAGGACAGUUCAGUGCUGCUGCACUACCAGGUCCCCCUGGUCCCCCUGGACCCCCUGGAGCCCCUGGACAUGCAGGUGACUCAAGACCAGGACUCACAGGACCAGCUGGUCCCCCAGGAGAGCCAGGUAAGCCUGUGAGGAGUGUGUCCAUGUUAAGAAUGAAUAUCAACAAUACACAGGUUACUGAUAUCGUUUUUGAUUCGAUUUGGCAAAAUGUUGAGUCUUGAUGUCAUCGUAUGAUUUUCCUCGUGCUUCUGCCUCUCAGGAUAUGGCAGACCUGGUCCUAGAGGAGAGAAAGGAGAGCCAGGAAGCUUUGUACCCAAUUCAGGUGCGUAACAAUAUUACUUACAUGACCAAACUCAAUAAAAACCCAUAACGCAAUCAAUAAAAAAAAGUGACCCAAGAUUUCUGUUGAGCUUUUUUUUGGCUGCAUUGUAAUGAUGUGCUUGUCACUAUAAUUAUUUCAGGAACGUUCUUCUCUGGACCCCCUGGACCUCCCGGGCCAUCUGGGCCAAAAGGAUCACCUGGUAGGCCUUUCAGACACCUUUCACCUGCCUUUCAGAGGCGUUACAGAUGCUUACUGACAGUAUACUCUAAACUGGCUAUGUUUAUCGUCACAAACUUUAGCUGCUAGUCCUAUGCUCUUCAUCUAAAAGUAUUUAAAAAAUAUUCUUACUUCAGGUACACCAGGACCAAGAGGAUACCAAGGUAUGUGGUCUGUCCCCCUAAAAUCUAAAAAGCUACAUUUGGUGGGAAUCAUUCCUAUAACAGAAUUAAAUACUUAUCUAGAUCCACAUUGGUUGUUCCCAUUGGAAACACUAAUCCUCUGUCCUUCAUCCCUGUAUCCCAUGUUCCCUUGUAGGAGAUUCAGGCCAGCCUGGUCUACCAGGGAGCCCAGGAAGACCAGGAGGAGGCUCUGAAAGAGGUGAGCUUAUCUUGGUCCAACUCAAGGCUAAACCAACAGCGAUCGAAAAGAAAAACAUGACCAACUCUGAUACAGAAGGUUAUGGACACAGUAAUGAGAAUUGAUUGUGGCCCACCAUAGUCUACCACUGGUCUAGUGGUUCUCAAACCUCUCCUCUGGGACCCACAGACUAGCUCAUCUCUAAACUAGCUCACCUAAUUCACCUAGUCAUGGGCUUGAUGAUAAGUGGACAAGUUGAAUCAGGGUUGCUAGCUCUGGAAAAUAUCAAAUACAUGGAACGGCUGGGGGGCCCAGAGGAGAGGUUUGAGAACCACUGCUAUAGACCAUAGUCAAAACAUUGUUAACGGGUAGAAGUCUAGAAGUGUGUAGAACAAAAGAUUCCAGAUUAAUUGCUUUGCUCUUUUGUUCCACACAGCGUCAUCAUACGGUGGAACACAGGGGCCACCUGGACCCCCAGGGACUCCAGGGAUUCCUGGACCAGAGGGACACAAAGGUAAACUACCAACACUUGGGAAUCUUAAUUAGGAACAAAAUACACUUAGCUUCUGAAGGUUGUGGUACCUGUAAAUGUAGUAGAUAUAGACUCAGUCUUUGAAAUAACUAGUUCUUAUUCUCCACAUUUCCAAGGCGAACCUGGACUUCCCGGUUCUCCUGGUCUUCCUGGCUCUGCAAGAGGUAAACACUCAUCUUUGACCUGUUGUCAACAUUCCACCCACAACAGUAGACAAACUUAGAUCAUCAAGACAUACUUAACAAAAUUUUUUGAAGCAAUAUGCUAAACUCUAAAUAGCUGACCAUAUAAUGAAUGCAGAUACUUUCAUUAAAUUAAGAUGACUGUAUCUAAUUAUCUAAUUUCUGACAGGCACUGUGGCGGCCAGCCCAGGGUUCCCAGGUCCUCCUGGUCCACCGGGUCCUCCCGGACACCCAGGCAUUCCAGGCAUAGCCUCCGCUCCUCCUGAUCUGCGUCAGUAUGUCAACGACUAUCUCCGAAGUAAGAGUCUUCUUCUAAGGCGCAUUCAACACUAAGUCAUGAAGUAAUAAUUCCCACAUGAAAUAUAGUGACAGAGCUGUCUUAUACUCUACUUCGAUGAACCUGUGCUGGUUGUCCUUUGCAGUUAACGCUAGGAGUAUGUCCGCUGGUCUUCCCGGCCCCCGUGGCCUCCCUGGACCCCCAGGAGUUCCUGGAUCCUCUGGAUCCUUUGGUUCUGUGGAGGACAUAUCCUCUCGUGUCAUCGCCUAUCUGCAGCGUAAGAUCAUUUCGUGUCCACUUUUGUAGUUCUGUGAAAGAGUGGAAGCAGCCUAGUGAUUGUACUGCCUUGUCUCAGGUUCAGGAUCAGGCUUCAGCGGUGGUGCUCAGGGUCCUCCAGGCCCCCCAGGACCUCCUGGGGCAUCUGGCUCUGGUUCUGGCUCAAUGUCUGUCAACGACCUCAUUGUCCUGCUACAGAGUGAGUACUUACAUGGUCAUUCAGCAAACUCUUAUCCAUAGCAACAUAUAGUUGAUAGUUAUGACUGAAAACACGGUAUAUAAUGUAUACUAUGUAAUGUGUACUAUGUAACUACUGUGAAAAAUAAGUGCCAUGUACAGUGCCUUGCAAAAGUAUUCACCCCCCUUGGCGUUUUUCCUAUUUUGUUGCAUUACAACCUGUAAUUUAAAUGGAUUUUUAUUUGGAUUUCAUGUAAUGGACAUACACAAAAUAUUCCAAAUUGGUGAAGUGAAAUGAAAAAAAUAACUUGUUUCAAACAAUUCUACAAAAUAAAUAACGGAAAAGUGGUGUGUGCAUAUGUAUUCACCCCCUUUGCUAUGAAGCCCCUAAAUAAGAUCUGCUGCAACCAAUUACCUUCAGAAGUCACAUAAUUAGUUAAAUAAAGUCCACCUGUGUGCAUCACAUGAUCUGUCACAUGAUCUCAGUAAAUAUACACCUGUUCUGAAAGGCCCAAGAGUCUGCAACACCACUAAUCAAGGGGCACCACCAAGUAAACGGCACCAUGAAGACCAAGAAGCUCUCCAAACAGGUCAGGGACAAAGUUGUGGAGAAGUACAGAUCAGGGUUGGGUUAUAAAAAAAUAUCAGAAACGUUGAACAUCCCACGGAGCACCAUUGAAUCCAUUAUUAAACAAUGGAAAGAAUAUGGCACCACAACAAACCUGCCAAGAGAGGGCUGCCCACCAAAACUCACGGACCAGGCAAGGAGGGCAUUAAUCAGAGAGGCAACAAAGAGACCAAAGAUAACCCUGAAGGAGCUGCAAAGCUCCACAGCGGAGAUUGGAGUAUCUGUCCAUAGGACCAUUUUAAGCAGUACACUCCACAGAGCUGGGCUUUACGGAAGAGUGGCCAGAAAAAAAGUCAUUGCUUAAAGAAAAAAAUAAGCAAACACGUUUGUUGUUCGCCAAAAAGCAUGUGAGAGACUCCCCAAACAUAUGGAAGAAGGUACUCUGGUCAGAUGAGACAAAAAUGUAGCUUUUUGGCCAUCAAGGAAAACGCUAUGUCUGGCGCAAACCCAACACCUCUCAUCACCCCGAGAACACCAUCCCCACAGUGAAGCAUGGUGGUGGCAGCAUCAUGUUGUGGCAAUGUUUUUCAUCGGCAGGGUCUGGGAAACUGGUCAGAAUUUAAGGAAUGAUGGAUGGUGCUAAAUACAGGGAAAUUCUUGAGGGAAACCUGUUUCAGCCUUCCAGAGAUUUGAGACUGGGACGGAGGUUCACCUUCCAGCAGGACAAUGACCCUAAGCAUACUGCUAAAGCAACACUUGAGUGAUUUAAGGGGAAACAUUUAAAUGUCUUGGAAUGGCCUAGUCAAAGCCCAGACCUCAAUCCAAUUGAGAAUCUGUGGUAUGACUUAAAGAUUGCUGUACACCAUCGGAACCCAUUCAACUUGAAGGAGCUGGAGCAGUUUUUCCUUGAAGAAUGGGCAAAAAUCCCAGUGGCUAGAUGUGCCAAGCUUAUAGAGACAUACCCCGAGAGUCUUGCAGCUGUAAUUGCUUCAAAAGGUGGCUCUACAAAGUAUUGACUUUGGGGGGAUGAAUAGUUAUGCACGCUCAACUUUAUUUGUCUUAUUUCUUGUUUGUUUCACGCAAAAAAAUAUUUUGCAUCUUCAAAGUGGUACGCAUGUUGUGUAAAUCAAAUGAUACAAACCUCCCAAAAAUCAAUUUUAAUUCCAGGUUGUAAGGCAACAAAAUAGGAAAAAUGCCAAGGGGGGUGAAUACUUUCGCAAGGCACUGUAUGUAAUAUGUGUGUAGAACAUACAAAAAGAAAAACCUGUAAAAACUACUGUAAGUUUAUUUUUGUUCUAUGACAAAAUUUACUUUGGGCCAAUAAAAAAUGUAAUACAAAAAUACUUGCAGUUGAUUGAUUGACUGAUUGAUUCAGGGGAUGACGUACGGCGAUACGUAAUGGGCCCACCCGGACCUCCAGGCCCAGCAGGACCAGACGCCAGAGGAGGCAGUAUGGCAAACUACAACCCACAGGAAGUGGCCACCUACGUCUUCAGACUCAUGAACGGUAAGUAGGGGCUACUGCAGCAAAACACAUGCACAGGAUGAGUAACAUGAAUGUCUUUGUGUUGCUUAUGGACCAGGCUUCAAUCUCUCCCCUCAUGGAUGGUGUUUUUUUAUUUAUUAUAGAGCGCGGGAUCGGUGGUGGGCAGCCUGGACCUCCGGGUGCACCCGGGCCUCCAGGGUUACCUGGCUCCUCCAACGGUGUUGGUGACAUCUCCACACUCCUGCAAAGUAAGACCUCACCCUCUGGGGUGUACAGGGGUCUCUUGUGUUUAUGAUCAUCUAAACAUGUUUGAUUUACUGCUACCUCUUUGUCUUCUUCCUACUCUCCCCCUUCCUAAGAUUCACAAUUUCGUGCGAUGGUUGGGCGCUCUGCUGGAGCCCCUGGUCCUCCUGGUACUCCAGGAAUCCCAGGACCCCCAGGCCCCCCUGGUACCCCAGGAGGAUCAUCUUACAGGAGCUCAGCCUCAGGGGGUUUAAGGAUAGAGGACGUCCAGCAUUACCUCCAAAGUGAGUCUUGUUCAGCUAAGAGGUUCUUCAUCCUUCUGGGUGCAGUAGACAAAGAACAUGGUUUGACAUCCAUCUCUGUCUUGUCUCAGGUUCUGGGUUCAGUGGUCCUCCAGGCCCACCCGGCCCCCCAGGACCUCAGGGGCCCCCAGGGAACUCUCACGGAGUAGUCUCCUAUGGAGAUAGUAGAAACAUUGGAAACUACCAGCGAGAAACCAUCCGCACAGAACUCCAGGCGUACCUCAGCAGUAUGUUGACCAUCUCUUCCCCUACCCAUUGGAAUAGACAUUAACCUGAUACUGUACAUCACAUUAACUACUGUUGUGUUAUUUCCCAGGUGACAGCAUACGGCACUCCUUCAUUGGCCCACCAGGUACUCCUGGGUCUCAGGGUCCCCGUGGUCACAAAGGAGACCCUGGAGAACCUGGUGGGGUUCAGACUAACCGUCAGAGUUAUGCCCAGAGUGACCCACGGUACUCUUCUGACCUUGAGCGGCGCCAGAGUGACAUUGAGAGGUUGACAGAAACACUGGACUACUCCAACGUUGCCUUGAGAGUGACAGACUACAUCAAGAGUGAGUGAAUGACUGGCAAUGGUGUGUCUCUGUAACUGUGUGCUUAUACAGUAUAAGUGCUGAGACUUGAUUGGGUUUGAGGCUGUGAUUGCCUUUGCACUGUGGCUCAGACGGUGCUGUGACCUUUUUGGUAUAGACAGACAGCAGAUUAACAGUCUAUCCUCUGCUCCUCCAGACCAGGGCUUACUGCAGGACUUCCUGCCUGAGGGUCGCCAGCGAGGAGGCUCCUGGGAGACCCAAGGCCUCCCAGGACCCCCUGGGCCUCCUGGACCCCCCGGGUAUAGCCGUGUCAUUGGGUCUUACGGCAACGUGACUGCUGACCUCAUGGACUUCUUUAGAAGUAAGAUUUGGGACAAAUUCAGUUUUUUCAAAAUAUGAAACUAGUCCACAGUUGUGAAUUGAAUUGUGGUACCCAGAAGAAUUGCUAAGCAAAUGUUUGCUGAAAAGCUUUGUUGCCCUGCCUCCUGUCCUCUGACAUGGCGUGUGCUCUCUGCUCUAGCCCACGGCACCAUUGUUGGCCCCCCAGGGAAUACUGGCCCGAAAGGAGACAGGGGGUACAUCGGACCCAAAGGAGACAGAGGUACAGUAGUCAUGCUACAGGGUCAUACUGUUGAAUUACAUUUCCAGCAGCGCCUCCCACCAGCCUCCUUUGAUUUCCAGUAAAGAGUUUGUAACCCGGGAAGGCUGGUCAGCUAUGGAUGCAGGGAGGGAUUGACGCUAGGACAUAACAGAAGUAUGGUGUUUCUAUCUGCAGGCGAGAUGGGUCGCCCAGGCCCUCCCGGACUGCAGGGGUUACGUGGUCAGGAUGGAUACAGAGGAGAGAAGGGAGAGAAAGGUAGACAUCUCACUUUGCUUGCUUCAUUUGGGAUUGUUGUGAUACAAAAUCAAGUGCAGCUCAACAACUGUUAUUCAUUCCCUUGUUUUCUUUCCAGGUGAAGUUAGGGUUGGUCGUCGACGUCGGAGCAUUGGUGUUUAAGGUGUUUUAAGCUUAACCAAAUCUAUCAGAUAAAGCUUUAUUUCUAUUCAGCUCUUCAGUCUGCCCUGUGCAUAGUCAAAAUCAUACAUUACGUUAGAAUAUGCCCGCUUGCCUAUUAAAUUACAGUUUCUGUUUUGAGUGUGAAUACAAUGGAUGAUAUGGAAAUGUUAUAAUGGCACUAAAGCAGAGGUCUCCAACAGGUACUGUAGAUCGUGAGCUACCAGUAGCUCGCAGCCCACCUAUGAGUAGCUUGCCAAGCAAUUCUGGAAGUACAUGCAUUUUUUAAAUGUGUUCCAUCGCAAACUGUCAUAAACAUAAAGCUCCCGGCUACUAUCCAAUCAAAGCCACAUUGACAUUAUUCCACCCCUGGUUAGCCACUAUUGGCUUAAAAAUCCAAAUGUAACACAAUAUCUGCCAAUUAAUUUCAAGCAAUAUUGCACUUCUGUCUGUUUGGUGCGCACUUUUGUCUAUCAUGCCGUAUGUAACCAGUUAGCGAUGCUAGUAAUGAUAACUGUCUUGUGGGUACACAGAGACUUUCCCCAAAAACCUUCUCAAUUAAUCAAUUAAAUGCAAAGUAGGCCUACCUGACAGAAAUAUAUAAUGAUUAUUUGUAUCAAUUGGGUAGCCAUUGUUUUGCAAACUCUGCCAUGCCGUGCUGCAGAAGUAGGCCUAACAUAGACAUUUCUAGACUCACACAUUCCUCUCUUUCUAAAUGCACAAUUAAAGGGGAAUUACACUCAAAAAUCUAAAUGUAAUAGUUUUUUUUCCAGACCUCAAAAUUGGUCAUCUGAUGUCAUUUAAGCAUUGACAUGUACUCAGAACAUCCAUUUUAGUUAUUUUUAUAUGAAUAAUUGUAAUAUUGAGUAAAAAACAGAAGAAAAAUACUGUCAUUUUAUGGGGAACCUUAGAGUUGUUUACUAACCAUUAUUUUACAAGAAAACACAUAUCUUGCACACCAAGGACCCGGGGAAGAGUUGCAGGAGAGAGGAGAAAAGAAGAAUGUGCCUAUUGGAAAGUAAAAAAUAUAUAUAUUUGUAACUUGCGACGUUUCAUUUUUUUGAAGUACAGUAGCUCUCAUGCUAGAAAAGGU